AUGUCGAAAGGAGAGUCUUCAAAGGCAGCCGCCAGCAAUGGCGUGCGGGCGGACCCCAAUGCAGCCGGAGGCGCCAAUUAUGAGCUGCCAUGGGUCGAAAAGUACCGGCCCGUAUACCUCGACGAUGUCGUUGGCAACACAGAGACGAUUGAGCGUCUCAAGAUCAUCGCAAAAGACGGGAACAUGCCUCACAUGAUCAUCUCUGGCAUGCCGGGAAUCGGCAAGACCACAUCGAUCCUCUGUCUGGCACGACAGCUGCUCGGCGACGCCUACAAGGAAGCUGUGCUCGAGCUCAACGCCUCUGACGAACGCGGUAUCGACGUGGUGCGAAAUAGGAUAAAGGGCUUCGCCCAGAAGAAAGUCACACUCCCUCCCGGCCGCCAAAAGCUCGUCAUCCUCGACGAAGCAGACAGCAUGACCAGCGGCGCCCAGCAAGCCCUCCGUCGAACCAUGGAGAUAUACAGCGCCACGACCCGCUUCGCAUUCGCCUGCAACCAGUCCAACAAGAUCAUCGAACCCCUCCAGUCCCGCUGCGCCAUCCUGCGCUAUGCCCGCCUCACAGACGCCCAGGUCGUGCGCCGCGUCAUGCAAGUCUGCGAAGCCGAGAACGUGCAAUACUCGGACGACGGCAUUGCGGCCCUCGUCUUCUCCGCAGAGGGCGACAUGCGCCAGGCGCUCAACAACCUGCAGUCCACAACCGCCGGCUUCGGCUUCGUCAACGGCGACAACGUCUUCAAGGUCGUCGACAGCCCGCACCCCAUCAAAGUCCAAGCCAUGAUCAAAGCCUGCCACGAGCAGCGGAUAGAUGACGCCAUGACGACGCUGAAAGAACUGUGGGAUCUGGGCUACUCGUGCCAUGACAUAAUCAGCACCAUGUUUCGCGUUACCAAGACGAUUGAUACGCUGAGUGAGCAUGCCAAGUUGGAGUUUAUCAAGGAGAUUGGGUUCGCGCACAUGCGCAUCUUGGAGGGUGUGCAGACGCUGCUCCAGCUCAGUGGAUGCAUUGCGAAGCUCUGCAAGAUCAACAUGCAGCCGCAGCUGUUUGUCAUGCCAUCCAAGUAA